AUGCGUAGUCUACUCCGGACUGGGCUUCGUGAGUCUCAGGUUUAUCAAGCGGUCCGGACCCUGGUGGGGUGGAAAUGCGCAAUUGCGCAUCGACAUCGCAAUCGUGGACGUGUCCACCGCACUCAUUUUGACCAUGAGGUUGUGACCUGGACUCUUUUAAUGGGUACCGAGCGAUCCGAGCAACUCAUAUAUGACGUUCAGGAGGACUCAUCCUACACCUCCUCCACCUCAAUCGUCGCCCUCUCAAACGAAGACUUAGACCCGACUCCGCCUUUUCGCCGCACCUGGCGCGCUUGGCAUUUCUUUGCUUUCUUCUGGUCCGGUUCAUUCUCCGGGUCCGGAUGGACUCUCGGCUCAGCCAUGGUUGGCACAGGGUUGUCUUGGUGGCAAGCGACCAUCGCCAUCAUUAUUGGCAACGUUUUGGCUGCGAUCGUAUCAGUUCUCAAUGGCCGUGCAGCGUCGGUUUAUCACAUCGGGUUUCCAGUCUUGGUGAGGGCCAGUUGGGGGAUCUAUGCAAGCUACUGGGCGGUGAUGACGAGAGCUAUGGUGGCGGUUAUCUGGUUUGGGGUACAGACGUACUAUGGCGGUGUAUGUCUCGCCAUCUGUCUUCGCUGUCUCGCACCCUCGUGGGAGCGUAUUCCGAACCAUCUUCCUGCGUCAGCUGGAAUCACCUCCGCAGACCUCCUCGCAACCUUCCUCUUCUGGCUCAUCGAGCUUCCGUUCAUGUUCAUCCACCCCUCGAAGAUCAGAACCCUCUUCACCAUAAAAUCCAUCGCCGUCCCACCCGCCUGCAUUGGCUUCUGGAUUUGGGCUCUCGUUCGCUCUGGUGGCAGUGGCGCCUUCCAGUUCAAGAACACCGCUUCUGGUUCAACCCUCGCCUGGGCCAUCCUUGCCGCCUUGAAUAACGGCAUGGGCUACGCAUCCGCAACCCUCGUCAACCAACCCGAUCUAUCCCGCUACGCCCGGAACCCACGUGAAGCUCUCAUGGGCCAACUCAUCGGAUACCCGCUCAGUAACAUCAUUGUCGGAUUCCUCGGACUCUGCGUCGCUUCAGCGAGUGCGAACAUCUAUGGCGCCGUAUAUUGGAACGUCUGGGACCUUAUGAGCAAAAUGCUCGACGAGUCUUACACCUCCGGCACCCGCGCUGGUGUCUUCUUCGUCGCAUUCUCCUUCGCCUUCGCAUCCCUCGGCAUCAACGUCGGGUCCAACUCCCUCCCAUUCGGCUCAGACGUCACCGCCCUGCUCCCUCGCUAUAUCGAUAUCCGCCGUGGUCAGCUGAUUUGCUGGGCGAUUGGUAUGUGUAUCUUGCCAUGGAAAAUGUUGCAAACUGCGACCGGGUUUAUGACCUUCUUGAGUGGGUAUGCGAUUUUCAUGGCGCCAAUUGUAGGGAUUAUGUUUGCGGAUUAUUUCGUUGUGAGGAGGGGAAAUUUAGUUGUUGAGGAAUUGUAUGAUACCACGAAGGGGUCGGCGUAUAUGUACUGGCAUGGAAUCAACUGUCGGGCGAUUGUGGCAUACGUCAUUGGGUGGAUUUUGCCGUUACCGGGCUUUAUCGCUUCUUUCGGCACAAUCACCGUUGGGGGCAUGUAUCACGUCUUUGAACUGGGGUGGGUCGUGUCUUGCCUCAUGAGCUUCUUCACAUACUGGGGCCUUGCCACCAUUUUCCCCUUUGCGGAUGGUGACAGGGUUUCUCGUGCUAGAUGUCAUGCUGAUAUUUGCUGUCCUGGCUGCAGACGUAAUCCUUAUGCCACGGUCAAGCAGAACAAAUCCAUUCAGAUACACUCAUCUCGCCACGAGCGUAUCUGA